UGUGAUUGUUUUGGCGGAUCUGAGUAAACAGAACAACAGCCAACGGUCGCUCAUCCGCGGACUGCGACGGAGAGAGAAACGGUGCUUCGGAUGAUGGUUCUGGACGGGCUCGGCUGCGGGAAGAGUCUCAGCGCGGCGGCGGCGCGGGGGAAUGUGGAGGCGCUUCGGCGGAUCCUGCAGGAUCACCGGGUCGAUCCGGACGCGCUCAAUGAGUUCGGGAAGACCGCGCUGCAGGUGAUGAUGAUGGGCUGCACCAGUGUGGCGUGUGUGCUGCUGGACCACGGCGCUGACCCGAACAUCCAGGACCGCUGCGGCGUGACCCCUGCGCAUGACGCGGCCCGCACCGGAUUCCUGGACACGCUGAGGGUUCUGGUGGACCACGGCGCCUCGGUCAACGUCCCCGACCACAGCGGAGCCCUGCCCCUCCACAUCGCCAUCCGCGAGGGCCACGGGGACGUGGGGGAGUACCUGGCCCCGCUCUCGGACCUGGGGCACCGGGACAGCUGCGGGGCCGACGCUCUGGAUGUGGCCCGGGACGCUCGCGCUCCGGAGAUGGUGGAGCUUUUGGAGCGCUUGAUCGCAACCAGCUCCAGUUGAAGAACUGUACGGCUCCAUGCAUGUGUUUGGGAGCCCUCGGCGAUCAUUAGCGGGUUGUAUUUAUAUUAAUAAGUUGGAUGUUGAGAUGUAUAGUUAGUUGGUAGUUGAGCUCACAAUAUUAGCUGGAAUAUGUAGCACCGGUUUGCA